AUGGGCCGCGGCCACGUGAAGCCUGUCCGAUGCUCCAACUGCUCUCGAUGCACACCCAAGGACAAGGCCAUCAAGCGCUUCACAAUCCGCAACAUGGUUGAGAGCGCAGCUAUCCGUGAUAUCUCCGAUGCCUCCGUCUUCCAAGAGUACACCGUUCCCAAGAUGUACCUGAAGCUCCAGUACUGUGUCUCUUGUGCCAUUCACGGCAAGAUUGUCCGUGUUCGUUCGCGAGUAGGCCGCCGAAACCGUGCUCCCCCGCCCCGUGUUCGUUACAACAAGGACGGAAAGAAGGUCACACCUGUCCCCGCUGCCAAGGCUUAA